AUGCGCUCGCCUCCUCAUUCCUCCCCCUCCCUCCCCAUCCCACCUCACCUCUUUGCUCCCAUAUCCCACCCCCACCAGGAGGACGGUUUCCGGCCUGGGCUGGUGGGAGGGCUGCUGGUGCGCGAGCGAGUGCUGGCGAUAGUGGCAGGGCGGUACUUCACACUCGCCAUCUCGCAGCACGGCCGCCUCUUCACCUGGGGCAUCCCCCUAGCAUCCAGCCCCCACCCGCCCGCCAUGUUCACCGCAGGGGUGGGGGGGAAUACUUCCGCGGACGAGUUCGCGCUGGCGAUGCGCGUGGGGGGCAUGCUGCGGCGCGUGGGGGUGUCGACGGUGGCUGCGAGCGGGCACACCCUGGCAGUGACUCCGGGGGGCGUGGUGCUGUUGUGGGGACGCGACUGGGACGCGCGCAGGCGCCCCGCGGGGCUGCUGGGGCGCGCGGACGGCGCGUUUUGGCGGCCUGCACCGGUGGAGGGGCUGACGGGGGAGGGGCAGGUGGUGGCGGUGGCGACUGGGCAGUAUCACUCCGUUGCUGUGAUGGAGAGUGGUAGGGUGUUCACAUGGGGGCUCAACAACAGGGGCCAGCUGGGCCGGCCAAUCAAGAGCAAGGUGCGACGGGCUGUGGGGAGAAGGGGAGGUGUGGAAGGGAGGCGGGGUGGGAGAGGACAGGGGUGGGAGGGAGAGAGAGGAGGCUGA